GGAGGGAACAUAGGGAUUCCGGUGCGUUCUACGGAAUUUCCAUAGAACUGGACCAUCCAGGUCAGGGCGUUGAAAGACAUAAAGAGGCCCACCCAUUCGUGCCCCAGUCGAUACAGUUGAUGCUGUGCCACCCGCCUUGCUCGGGGUGACUCGGGACAUGUUCUUCCGCGGCCGCUUGGGCAUCAAGCUGCGCAAUCACGCCGUUUUUGACUUUAUUGCGAACCAUGCUGGUGCGCAGGCAGACUGCGCAUCAUAUUUCUCGUCUAAGGCUGCCCCAACCGCAGUACCUCCAACGUACUUUCUUCGGCCUCACACUGCUGGUCCUCACCGCGCCUGUGGUCAGAGGAGACUUGCUGGAGGCAGAUGAUGAAUGCAGGGACGAGAGCUGUGCCCUGAAUGCCUUGCAGCUCCAUAGCCAACGCGCCAGGGAGCUCAAUGCCUCGCAUCCGCCCCUGUGCGAUCCGAGCAUUGUGGCUGAGACUUGUGAAGGCAUCAACAAGCUCACGAGCGAAUACUACGGAACCACGGCGGAUAAGGAUCUUGAGGUGAUCCAUGCCGCAGAGCUUUCGGAGCACAUCAUGGCCUCGCGCUCCUCUGUGUUAGACUUUUUUAAUCAAUACCUGGGACUUGAGAACCAGGAGGAUGACAAACGUGCGCUGGCCAGAGAUGCUGUGGCCGUGAAGUGCAUGGACCUUUGCGAAAAGCUCGUCGCCAGCAUUCCAAAGGAAAGGCGGCCACCCGCUUCUGACGUAGCCUGCUACAUGCCUGAUGGUGCAUCAAAGCCUUUGUGCGACAUCGACGUUUCGGCGAGCGCCUUCGAGGGCGUUGAGUUCUCCCUGAGCGCCAAUAGCUCGGCACAGACCCUGGGCGAAGCGCCGGGGCAGCUGCCAGAGACCGGCGAUGGCAAGGAGGUCUCGGCGCUCAAGGAGUUGCUCCAUGCGCCGGAGAAGGCCAACCGAAGCGACCAGCUUGAGGCGCUGGAUGCAUUGAACUAUCCGGCCUUGAAGCCCGGGGAGAUGACCGUGGUCGUGUGCAAUCUGUUUCGAAUCUACCCGCUCAACAACAUUGUGGCGAGCGCCUCCCCUUCGAGCACCGCUUCGUUUCUGGAAGGAGCGAGGAGGUCCGAGUGGAUCGACGAUGUAACAAAGCUGGCGGUGAAGGCGCAAGCCUACACGGCCACGGCCAUCCGGUCCAUCACCAGCGCCAAGGCAGAUGCUACCAUGAUGCUUUGGUUCGGGGACAAGAGCACCACUUCGAAGAAGGAAGUUCGCCGGGUCUCCACUCAGGUGAAUCGGCUGCUCUCCAACGUGGCUUAUGAAUACCCUGGCCCGCAGUGCAGAGAGAAUGUUUAUGCCUAUGUGCACCCGAACCCGCCCUACAACAAGAAUGACCGUGGCCAAUAUUUGUUUUAUUUGUGUGAUGAUUACAUUAAAGCGCCGAUGGGCACACAGCUGGAGACCUUGACUCAUGAAGCUUCACAUCACGAGACUUCGCUCACGGAUGACGUGUGCUACAAGGGCUCUGGGUCUGACUGCCUCAAAGCAUAUGGGCGAGUGGCAUGUCAAGAUCUAGCCAAAAGUGAUUCCAAGAAGGCGCUCAGGAAUGCUGACAACUUUUGCUUCUUCGUGAACGACAUUCAGCCUAACGCAGUAACACCAAGCUGCCCCGAAUUGCCCCGAUGCUCUUUUGACCCAACCUGCUCAUGCAGUGGAGGUCUUGUGAAGAGGGAGGAGCAGACGUCCACGGGCAGUGUUUGUUACACCUGUGGCAAAACACCUUCGAAGAAACCGUUGAAGAAGCAUGCGCACGGAUCAACCAGUGGUGUGUGCCCCAGCGAUGACACCGGCGGCACCUGUCGGAUCUUCCUGUGUAGCCGAACGCGAGGACCUACGAUGUGCUCGAGUGGCAAAUGCUUCUGCAGACCCGGUCUUUGCGCUGAGGAUGGCUACUGUGUGCCACCCAAGGUUAUGUCCUCCGAUUUGGGCAGCGGUCCCGAUCAGGAGUGCCAAGUCGACACCGGAGGGACCUGCAAAUUCUUGUGGUGUUGGCACGGGCGAGGCCCUACCAACUGCAUCGAUGGGAAAUGUCAAUGUAGAGAAGGCUAUUGUCAGAAGGCGCGAAUGACCGGCCUUCUCUCCGAAGAAUAGGAGGCACAUUCAGAAGUGAAGUGGACAUGAGAACGGACCAUAUUCAGUGGUUUGGGCAACCCUGAGCAGAACUCUUUGCCAUAGAGGACUUCUCAAUUGCUCGAACGUGCUCGAACCUCCCACUGACCCAGCUCUAUGACCUUGUGGCCAAGCACAAAAUUGUUGUUCCGAGAGGGAACGUGUCCCAAACACAGGUGUCGAACUUUUAAAGGUCCGAAAACUUGUUGCAGUAUAUAUAUACAGUUAUAAAAUGUUAAUAUAUACACACAUAUAUAUACAUAUAGAUAUUAGCUUUGCCAAAAAAUGAACGUGGGUUUUUCUCAGCAAGGUCUGCGCCGCCACAUUCCAGUCUCUUCACAAAGCGUUGUGUUCUGUUAGAGGUCCCCAGACAAAUAUGUCGCAACUGUAUCGAUCUAUUGUGUUUGCGUGAUGGAUACUUCUUGGACCAUUUUCUGCGAUGACUCUCCUUUGACAUCUCCCAACCAUUUCCGGGAGGAAACACAUCGACAGGUUUCAGAACACCCCCGCGCCGAUCGGUCGCGGCUCAAGCCGCGCGCGAGCGACCGCGCCCUGACCCACUGAGGAUGGGACAUGUGAACCAAAGUUGCAGAACUGAGAGCGGGUUUUUCCGCGCGUCAGGAGAGCAACCUGAUCAUCACCGGGAUGCGGCAUGAUGGCAUGGAUCUAGUACGGCGGCGCGUCGCAUCUACAAACGAUGCGACCGGUGAAACCGGGUUGCGGGCCAAAGGGGCCAAGAGGCACAUGAAGGCC